AUGGGUGAUCGGUGGGUUCAGCGGAGGGCCCCGCUAGCUCUGUUUGGGGCGCUGCUGCUGCUCUCUGGGCACCGGGUCAGGGCCGCCGAGUUCUACUGCGAUGAACGCUCCCAGGAGUGCCGGCCAGACCCGUGUUCCAGCUGUAGUCUGGACGUCAUCUACAGGUCCUACACCGAGUGUCAGCUGAGCUGUUUCCGCGCCGCCUCAGACGUUCCGUCGCCCUGGUCGUGCGUGCUGCCCUCCGAGAUGGGGCCGUGCCGGGACCCGGUGCGCCGCUGGCACUUCGACCUAAAGGAGGGCGAGUGUCGCGACUUCUCCUACGGAGGCUGCCUGGGCAACUCCAACAACUUUGGAUCGCCGGCCGAGUGCCGCAGCGUCUGCGAGUACCGCAUCUCCGAGAUCCUGCCGCUGCUGAACGUCACGCUGGGCACGCGUGGCGAGGAGAAGCGGUGCCUGCUACCCCGGCCCGACGGCGUCUGCUCGCAGGAGGCAUUUGGCCAGCCGCGCUUCGCCUAUGACCCGGAGAGCGGCCGGUGCGGCUCGUUUGAGUGGAACGGGUGUCAGGAGGGCGGUAACGUGUUCGCGUCGAUAUUGGCCUGCCAGAUCCAGUGCGAGGGAAUCCGGCCAGUGCUGCCCGUAUACCCGCCGCCUCUGCCGGCCCGCGGCGCCGCCAAACACGAGAUGGCUGAACGCCACAAGGCGGAGAUGCCGGCGGACGAGGACCACGACCCGUGCAUGCUGCCACCCGACCCGGGCACUUGCGGCGCCGACAGUCCGCGCCUCUUCUUCGACGCCGCGCUCGGCGUCUGCCGCCGCUUCCUGUUCGGCGGCUGCGGCGGCAACCUCAACAACUUCCGCAGCCUGGACGCAUGCUACCGCACCUGCAACAACGCCACGGCGGCCGCGGCGCCGGCGGCUGCCGCUUGCCUCGCGCCCAAGCAGGAGGGCUCCUGCAGCUCCAGCGUGAUGCGCUUCUACUAUGACGGUGCCACCGGUCGCUGCCGCGCUUUCCGCUAUUCGGGCUGCGACGGCUCCGCCAACAACUUCCUCUCGCUGGAGGCAUGCGCCGCCACCUGCCGGCCCCUGGCGCCCGACGCCGGCCCGUGCCUGGGCGAGCAGACGCGCUGGCACUACGACCCGGUGAUCGGCCGCUGCCGCAAGUUCUUCUACGGCGGCUGCGAGGGCAACGCCAACAACUUCGCCGACCGGGCCGAUUGCGCCGAGGCGUGCGGCCGCCGCGCCGAGCCCGGCCGCCGCGACCGGCAGUGUCGCGGCCCGCCCAAGCGCCAGGGCUCCCGCCGCUGCUUCGACAGCAUCCAGCGCUACACGUACAGCGAGAUCGACCGCUACUACUAUGACCCAGCCUCCGGCCGCUGCCGCCGCUUCAUCUACGGAGGCUGCCGCGGCAACGCCAACAACUUCGAGACGAUGCGGGAGUGCAUGAGCACGUGCCGGGACGUGAGCCCGACGGACGGUAGCGGCGAGCGGCCGGAGGUGGACUGCUCGGCGCCGCCGGUCGACCCGCGCGCCCCCUCCUGCACCGCCCGUCUCCGCCGCUUCUAUUACAGCGUGCCUGCUGGCCGCUGCGUCAGCCUGCUGUACGGCGGCUGUGGCGCCACCGACAACAACUUCGCCACGCAGUCGAGCUGCGAGCGCAGCUGUCCUGCGGGCGCUGUUGAUCAGACGGAGAUGUGCCUGGCACCGUCGGCGGACCCGGGCAACUGUCUGGGCCGCGUGGAUCGCUUUACGUACGACUCGACCACCGGCGAGUGCUUCCAGUUCGACUACACCGGCUGCGGCGGCAGCGACAACAACUUCGCCAGCCGACGCGAGUGUCUGGAGCUGUGCCGAGGCGUCACCGGCGAAGCGAAUCAAGACGUGUGCCUCCUCCCAUCGGAUGCGGGUCCUUGCACGGGCCGGGUGGAGCGGUACUUCUACAGCGCUGCCACCGGCCGCUGCCAGCAGUUCUCCUAUGGCGGUUGCGAGGGCAAUGGCAACAACUUUGAGACUGCUCGGGAGUGCACCAGCCGAUGCACCGGCAGCAAGAUCGAACCGGGCGGCGCAAUCUGCAGACAGCGCUCCUUGGUGGGACCCUGUGCGGGCAGCUUCACCCGGUACUACUUUGACGACACCAGCAAACGGUGUCAGCAGUUCAUCUACAGCGGCUGCGGGGGAAACUUAAACAACUUUGAGACCCGCAGCGAAUGCGAGCGGUCCUGCCCAGCCACCCCUGGCCCUGGCCCUGGCCCUGGCCCGACCCCCAGCGAAGAGCUGUGCCGCCUACCCGCGGAGGCCGGACCAUGCUUCGCGGCGCUGCCGCGCUUCUACUACGACCCGUCGCGCCGAGCCUGCCGCGACUUCACCUACGGCGGCUGCGCCGGCAACGCCAACAACUUCGAAACCCUGGCUGCGUGCAACGCGCGCUGCGGUGAGAGCAGCGAGCGGCCGGCGCGCUGCCUCGCCCCGCCGAGCGGCGAUGGCACGUGCAACGAGCCGCGACAGGCGCGUAGAGUCUACUUUGACGCGCGCGCCGGCCGCUGCGUGGCGCGCACCAGCAGCGACUGCCCGUCCGAGAACAGCUUCCGGUUGGCCGCCGACUGCCGCGAGGAGUGUGUCGUGCCGGAGUCGGCGCGCGCCCCGUUCGAGUAUGGCGGCUGCGGCGGCAACGCCAACAGCUUCGAGACGCUGGCCGCCUGCCUCGGCGCGUGCCGCGGGCUCCGGCUGAGUAACGCCGGCAACCUGUCGAACGCCUGCAUGGAGCCGCCCGUGCUGGACGACUUCUGCGAGCCGCAGGAGCGGCCGGAGAUGCGCUGGACCUUCAACGCCGAGACGCUCAGGUGUGAGGACUUCGAGUCGUCCGGCUGUGAAGUGGGGCCCAACAUCUACCGCAGCGGGCGGGCGUGCGAACGCUCGUGCCAGCGCACCGUCUUCUUCUACGCGGCUAACCGCGGCGUGUGCCUCACACUGGUUGACGACGGCUGCCUCAGCGGCGACAACAUGUACUCCACCAGAGAGGUGGGGCUGGCCUUUGGACGUCCGCUGGGCAGACUGCGCCGCUGGGCGUUCAGCACUGACACCGGCCGAUGCGAGCGGUUCUUCUACACGGGCUGUGACGGCAACGCCAACAAUUUCGAGUCGCGCGCGGAGUGUGGUGAAGUUGAAAACCAGCCCCAGCUCUGUCGUGUUGAGCCCGAAGAGGACCCCAACUGCCGCCCUGGUCGCCGCGAGACCAAGUACUACUUCAGCACUGCCGUCGGCAGAUGUCGCUCAUUUGUGUCCGUUGGCUGCGAGCGUGGGAGAAACGUGUUCCUCACCGCUCGGGAAUGCGAAGAGGUGUGCGAGAGCCGAGACACAGGUGGUGGUGAGAGGCCCCAGUUCUGCCGUGCCGAGCCCGAGGCCAUCUCCAACUGCCGGCCUGGUGAUCGUGAAACCAAAUACUACUUCAGCGCCGCUGACGGGAGAUGUCGCCCCUUCGUGUCGCUCGGAUGCGAACGAGGCAGGAAUAUGUUCUUCACAAUGCGGGAGUGUAGGGAGGCUUGCGAUGCCAGCGACACGGAAGGUGCUGGGAUGUGCUCGUUGCCGUCUGACCCGGGCCCGUGCACCGCCUUCGAGACGCGCUGGUACCGAGACCCGGCUUCGGGCACCUGCGAGACCUUCCAGUAUGGCGGCUGCGAGGGCAACAGCAACAACUUUCUGACGCGAGCGGAAUGUUUAGAGCGCUGUCAGAACGACAACCGGGCCGAGAACGAGAUCUGCAACCAACCGCCGGAGACGAACGACCGCCCGUGCCGGGACGAGGUGACACGCUUCUUCUGGGACCUGGCCAGCGGCGCGUGCCGCUCCUUCCGCUACUCGGGCUGCGGCGCCACGGCCAAUAACUUCCGCUCGCUGCGGGAC